AUGGCGCUCUUUGCAUUGAUCUUUUUAAGCUUUCUGUUCGCAGCAAAUGCAAAUUUGGCCCCGAAUUAUCCGGUGAAUGCGCAAUUGCCUCCUGUUGCCCGAAUAUCACAGCCAUUCAAAUUCAUCUUCUCCCAGGGAACCUUUGGUGGAAGUGAUGCGGAAACCACUUACUCGCUUUCAAACGCUCCAUCAUGGCUCGAAGUAAAUAGCACAUCCCGCGCAUUGUCAGGAACGCCGCGAAAGGAAGAUGCUGGAUCGCCCACGUUCGACCUCGUUGCAUCUGAUCAAACAGGCUCUGUCAGUAUGCAGGUCACCCUCAUUGUUACUGCAGAUGAGGGUCCAAAGAUUGGAAAGUCUCUAGGCCCACAGCUCGAAGAAAUCGGUCUUACGUCCUCUCCAUCCAACCUGAUUGUACGGUCUGGUGAUUCCUUCUCGAUUUCCUUUGAUCAGGAAACAUUCAUAAACACCCGCCCAUCAACAUUCUAUUACGGAACAUCGUACCCAGAUAAUGCACCCCUCCCAUCUUGGAUCGGCUUUGAUCAGUCGUCUCUUCGAUUUUACGGUACCACGCCCAAUAUCGGACCACAAUCUUUCAACCUCAACCUAGUUGCAUCUGAUGUGUCGGGAUUCAGCGCGGCCACGACGAGCUUUGCGAUAACUGUCAGCCCUCACAUCCUGGCAUUCAAACACAGCGCACAAACGCUUUUUGUCACAGGAGGAAAGGAGCUCACUAGCCCUCGCUUUGUUGAUAUCUUAGCUUUGGACGGAAUCAAGCCGGCAGACACUGCGCUUAUAGAAACAGAGAUCGACGCGCCGGAUUGGCUUUCUAUUGACAGGCAAUACAUAUCCUUUACCGGAACUCCCCCGCCUGAUGGGGAAAAUGAGAAUGUUACUAUAACAGUGAAGGACAUGUAUCAAGAUGUGGCCACGCUUGUGGUCUCGUUGCAAUAUUCACAAUUCUUUCACCACGGGGUUGAUGGAUUCGAGGCAGUUAUUGGCCAGUACUUCACAUAUGUUUUCAACACCUCUGCUCUUACCGAUGACUCUGUUCAGCUCGACGUCGACACAGAACAACAAUUGUCAUGGUUACACUAUAAUCGUGACAACAAGACCCUCUUCGGCCAAGUGCCGUCAGAUUUCGACCCUGACACCUAUACAAUUCAACUGACAGCUAGGGAAGGAACCGCGGAGGAGACGAAGAAAGUCAAUAUCAAUAUUGUGACGGAGGAAAACUCACAGGACAAAGAAGGUAGCCCCACAGGAUCCGGCGGUUCCGAUGAGAAGAAAGCUGGUAUUAUCGCGAUGGCGGUCUUGAUCCCAUUGGGCUGCGUUGCGAUUGUAUUUCUUCUCCUCUGCUGCCGACGCCGUAGGCAACGGUGGGCGAAGCAGGAAAAGCAAGGGCUGGAAGACAAGGCACUACCGCUAGCGCCCGGAGGCCCUGGGCUAUCGCACUGUCAACCGUUCGAGGGGACUGCACAAGGGAACCUCCCAGCCAUGGGUGGAGUAUCCCAAUCAGACUCGAAGCCCCCUAAAUUGGAACUAGAGCCAUGGUGGAAUGAUAACCGGGAACGGAGGAACGAACGGACUCCGGGAGUCCCGAUCAUCGAAGAUACAUUUACCAACUCGACAAUUGAAUGGGACUUUAUUCCGCUACGAGAAUCUGCACAGGAUGAGAACAACCCACCUGAGCCCCUUGAACUAUCUGAAGAGCCCGCUUCCAAGCCCAACCGUCUGUCGUUUCAGAGCAGUCCGCGCGUGCGAAGAGGUUUGUCUGAUCGUUCCGGAAGGCGAGAGCCUCUAAGGUCCGUUCAGCCAAGGAAGUCACUAAAACGAAACUCGGCUUUGUCGUCGCGAUCCAAACGAUGGUCUAGAAGGUCAAGCGGUAUUUCUUCCAUCUCUACUGGACUGCCGGUAAGGCUUAGCGGGGCAGGCCACGGGGCAGGUGGAUUCGGACCACCUGGACAUGGAUCUGUCAAGGUGUCCUGGCAGAACACCCAGGCAUCGUUUCAGAGCGAGGAAAGUAGCCUGGGAAAUCUGGCACCGCUGUUUCCUCGUCCACCGCCUCGCACAAGGGAUGGCCAGGACUGCUCAAAGAGGAUGAGUGUUCGUACUGUGGACCAUGACAGCCUGACGCUUUCCGAGUCGGACUCGCUAGAGGCAUUUGUUCAAGGCCGGGCAAAAAGCCGACAUUCCUCCAAUCCUUUCAUCGCUGGUCCGAUCAACCGCCGGGUACCGUCGAGCCUUCGUGCCGCCCUAGAUCGAACUCGAAGCAACGCUAGCCGAGCCGACAGUCUUCACAGCGCCACGGAUAACGAUGACUGUCGUCGGCGAGAGCGCCCCUGGUCGUUGGCGUUGUCAGGGUCCGUUUACACAGAUGAUUACCGGCAUUCGACUUAUCUGAGCUCUUUAUCAGAAGAAUCGCUCAACGUUCAACCGCUGGCAACCCUGAAAAACGGGCCGAGUCAAUCAAGUCUGGCGCAACACUACUCGAAGAUCAUCGCGCCACUUCCUCGCUUCUUCAGUGAGCUGAGCUUGAACAACGGCAAGCGGGACAAGCCUGGGAUAUCGCAAGUCGCGGAUGACCACCAAAAUCUAACUGGCCCUCGUCGUUGGUCACGCUCGAGCCCAUCACUACAAAACUGGCGUCGGCUUCGUAAGACCCCUUCAGCAUCAUCGAUUCCGUAUGACGCACAGACGCGCCGAGCGAGUAUGAUGUGGACGGCCGAGCAGGACUCGAGCGACGGGCGCGGCUUACAGAGAGAGCCCACUGGCAGCGUGCUCAGUGAUAUAGCAUUUGUUUGA